AGACUUCGCGCUGCAGUCGCUUCUGAGCAAACAUAUUUAUUUUUCCAUCCAGAACGCGGAGCUCAGAAGGUUCGGGAGCUUUUACGCACAGCGCCAGAGCUUCUGGUGACUUGCGUCCACUUUGUCGGUCAACAGUUUCUUUGGAAAUCCUCAUUGGUUGGUUUGUUUUUGUGGCGGACCUGUCAACACAAUGUGGGGGAUCCAGAAGACGCGGUACGCGGACUGCAACGGCUCUGAAGCCAGCGAGGAGACGGAGAUCGUGGUGAACAUCGGCGGAGUGAAGCAGGUGCUGUACGGAGACGUGUUGAACCGCUACCCGGACACCCGACUGGCAGAACUGGUGGAUUGUUCACUCAAGUCUGCUGAAGAAAUAUCUGCACUAUGUGAUGAUUACGACCCCGAGACAGGAGAAUUUUAUUUUGACAGAGACCCCGAAGCCUUUAAGUGCAUCAUUGAGUUGUAUUAUUAUGGAGAGAUUCACAUGAAACGAGGCAUCUGUCCAAUUUGUUUUAUGAAGGAGAUGGAGUUCUGGAAAAUCGACUCGGAUUUCUUGGAUGAAUGUUGUAAAUGCCACCUGAAGGAGGUGGAGGAUGAACUUGCGGAGAUUGCCGAGAAAGUGAGAACUAUCCUGGUGGACCGGGAGGGAGAUCCGUCCGCAGGAGGCUGGCAGCGCUUCCAGAUGUGCCUCUGGAGGCUGAUGGAGAAGCCGGAGUCCUCGCUGCCCGCGCACAUCAUCGCUAUAGUUUCUUUCAUCUUCAUCCUCGUCUCCUCCGUGGUGAUGUGCGUCGGGACCAUCCCCGACCUGCAGGUGGAGGACUCGGAGGGCAACCUGACGGAGCACCCAACUCUGGAGGUCAUCGAGACGGUGUGCAUCGGCUGGUUCACCAUCGAGUACCUCCUCCGCCUGAUCUCCUCCCCAAACAAAAUCAAAUUCGUGCUCGCCUUCAUGAACAUCAUCGACUUCAUGGCGAUCAUGCCCUUCUUCGUGGUGCUGAUUCUGACCUCCUUCGGCGCAGGAAUGAUGGAGCUGGCUAACGUGCAGCAGGCGGUGCAGGCUUUACGCAUAAUGCGCAUUGCGCGCAUUUUCAAGCUGGCACGCCAUUCCUCUGGACUCCAGACCCUCACAUCUGCCCUGAAGAGCAGCUUCAAAGAGCUCGGACUGCUCCUCAUGUACAUGGGCGUCGGGGUGUUCCUUUUCUCCGCACUGGGCUACACCAUGGAGCAGAACCACCCGGACACGCUGUUCACCAGCAUCCCGCAGUCGUUCUGGUGGGCUGUGAUCACCAUGACCACGGUGGGCUAUGGAGACGUGUACCCCAAAACCACUCUGGGUCGGUGUAACGCGGCCAUCAGCUUUCUGUGCGGGGUCAUCGCCAUCGCCCUGCCCAUACACCCCAUCAUCAACAAUUUCGUGCUGUUCUACAACAAGCAACAGGUGCUGGAGACUGCGGCCAAGCACGAGAUCGAGCUGAUGGCGCUGCGCACCGGCGACGGCGAGCUGAAGGCGGCACCCGGCGCCCAUAAACAUGUUUGCGGCGCGGGCGUGUGGGACAACGCCAUGCGCUCCUGUCACAGCGACACAUACAUCCCUUUACUGAAGGAUCCCAGGGGCGCGGCGGGCAUCCAGACCCCCAGCAUGGACACGAGCUUUGAGAGCACAGCAGAGGCCAGUGAAUAUUUUAUCUCCUGAAAAGACUUUGCAUCGUUUGGAGAGAAAAAAAAAUAAAUCUGCAAGAUAUAGAAGAUAAACAACAUCAAAUUAAUUAUUCAUUUUUGAAUUAUUCAAACUCCUGUCAGAUCUGGGUUAAUGACACGACCGUGAUUUGUAAAUAGAGACAAUGAGACCGCAGUCAUGGUCUCCAAGGAGCCUUUUUUUUGUUUUGUUUUUUUGAGGAAUCGCGCCUAUUAAAGGGACAUAUAUGUGUGAGAUAUUGACUUGAUGAGCUGUGCCUUUGCGCAGUGAGUCCCUGUAGGCUGAGGGGUUCUGUUUGAACAGCCUGCACACUGAUUCCCCCCCAUGUAGGCAUCUUAUAUAACACCCCCCAUCCCCAGUUCUCACACUUAUACUGUAGACUCACUGUAGCUUGUUCCUCUGUGCAGAAACAUAUACCACAGUGUGUGUUUGUUUUUAAAUAAUGAGCAUAGACAGCUCCUCCAGGAGAAAACACCAAGUGUGAUGGGGUUUGUGAGGGAUGUACAGACAUCACAGCUGAAAUAUGAAGCCAGUGUUGCAGCCGCAGACACUUUAAAGAUGCACUCGAGGUAUCUGGCAGGGGGAUUCAAAAGCAACAUAUCAUGAGGCCUGUCUUCUCGUUCUGCCUGUGAUCUUCAUGGCAUCAGUGUGUUUUUCUCGUAGCUGACACUGUUUGAUCUGGAGGUAACGUAUUAAAUACAUAUAUAUAUAUAUAAAAAACAUACUUCUGUGUAGGAAUCUGAAGAGCAGCGACUGUGUCAUUGGCCUGAAUUUUCUUGUCAAGCUCACGCUGCUGAAAUCGGGACCUCAGAACCUUCUUUUUUGGCUGCAGGACAUGUUCCUGUAAUGGGUUUAAAUUUUACAGCAGCAGCUACCACCACUCUGUGGAGGUGCAGGGGGAAUAAACUUGACCACGAUUAUGCAUGAGGAGGAAGAAGCAACAGGCAGGGGGAUUGAAUGGAGAAAAAAAGCAUUUGAGUUCAACUAGUUUUUGAGCAAAUCUGAAGGAGAAAGUACAGAAACGAACAGAGCUGUCAGGGAAGUAUGCUUCCUAAUGCAUUACUGCUGUUAUUUUGACGAAACUUGAAAGCACCGUGCGUUUUCACGCUGUGUCCUAUGUUUAAAAGGGACCUCUAAAUUGCCUUAAUGGGUGCUAUAUUUAAAGGUUAAAUUUUCACAGUUUGAAAGGUCUCGACUCCUACGCCAUUAGUCUGAGUGACACCAAACUUGCUGCACAAAUAGAACAAUCCUCAUAAAAAUUUUGCCGCCACCGUGGGGGAGCCGUAAUUAAAGUAUAUUUAAUUCAAAUGUCAUUUCCGCGGUGGCCACCUGCCGGAUGAUUUAUGUCAAGAUUGUGUUGCUUUGCUCCCCCGUGUUUUGUGAGCAUACCUUGAAUGUAAAUACACACCUUGUGGAGGAGGAGGGAUUGUUUGCAUCGAGUAGCCUCUGUGAACUGAUGCAGUGGAGGAGUUUGUGCUGGUUCAUCUGUGGAUAUAUCAACUCUGAUGUGGCGACCAUCUUCGGCUUCACUGUGGGUUAAAUUCUGAACAUUUAACCUGAGAUUUUUGUCGUGAUCGAGGCCUUUUCCUCACUUUACUGACCUGUAAAGCAGUGGUUUGUCUUUUAUUCCCCCGACGUCCCGUUAAAUGAAGUUCCCCCUUUAACACUUGUCAACUGUGUUCGUCUGAAGUGAUUUUAAAAUGAAUGUUAUUAAACGCAACUAACUGUA